CCUGUUGUGACGUCAUUUCUCCGGCGCCGGAAAAAUUCUCCAAAGUCCUCCUCGGAUUGGGAGACCUAGGGGGUCUCAGCGCUUGCGUGGUGUUUGGUGUGUGUAUGUGUGUAUGUGUGUGUGUUGUGUGUGUUGUGUGUACUAUUGAUUGGGCGGAGAGGUUGGGCUGCCCUCCCCACCCCCACAGCCCCCACACUCCCAGCCCUGGGCAAUGAUGGCCAGGGACCUGAUAGGCCCCGUGCUGCCCCCGGGUUUCAAAGCUCGAGCGACUGCGGAGGAAGAGCCAGACCUGAGUCCAGUUGCAGGACCAGCACUGCCACCCAACUAUAAGAGCAGUAGUUCAGAUUCAUCAUCCAGUGAUGAAGACAGUGAUUCACCUUUGCCACACCAAGGGGGAAAGGAAGAUUCUGAAGAGGAACAUGACACUGGUCCAACCCCAAGAAAACAGAGACGAAAUCAAGAUGAUGAUGAGGAUGAGGAUGGCGGUUUUUUUGGACCAGCUCUUCCUCCAGGAUUUAAAAAGCAAGAUGAUUCUCCACAGAGGCCAAUUAUAGGUCCUGCAUUACCACCUGGUUUUAAUAACCGAGCACAGAAAACUGGAGAAAACAGAGAUGAUCCAGGACUACUCGUAUCAUCAUCUUUCAACUCAGAGGGAACAGACAGUAGUGAAGAUGAAGAGGACAUUGUUGGACCAAUGCCUGCAAAAGGACCAGUUGACUAUAGUGUAACUAAAGAAUUUGAACAGAGAGCUCAAAGAAUGAAAGAAAAACUCACUAAAGGAGAUGAUGAUAGCUCCAGACCAGUUACAAGAGAGUCAUGGAUGACUGAGCUUCCUCCAGAACUGAAAGGCUUUGGACUUGGCCCAAGAACUUUCAAGAGAAGAGCUGAUGACAAAUCUGGCGAUCGAUCUGUUUGGACAGAUACUCCAGCUGACAGAGAAAGGAAAGCUAAAGAAGCCCAGGAAGCAAAGAAGCUAACCGGUAAGAGUGAUGAAGAACGCAUAUUAUCAGGAAGGGACAAAAGAUUGGCCGAACAGGUGUCUUCAUACAAUGAUUCAAAAAGAUCAGAAUCUCUUAUGGACAUACAUCACAAAAAAUUAAAGAAUAAGACAGCAGAAGAUAAAAAUAAGCCCCAAGAGAGAAGGCCAUUCGACCGUGAUCAGGAUCUCAAAGUCAACAGGUUUGAUGAAGCACAGAAGAAAGCACUGAUUAAGAAAUCUAGAGAACUAAACAGCCGUUUUUCACAUGGCAAAGGCAACAUGUUUUUAUGAUGUGAGUAAUCCCACUCUUUAGAGUAAGGUAUAUUUUCAUGCUUCUGUAUUUUGAAGUUAUGUCAUUUACUUGCUAUGUAAAUAUUCUUUUAUUUGUAUGGGAAAAUGUAUUUUAUUUUAAGAGAGCCAUUAUAAUACUGCCUGUAUAAAUAAAAAUCUUUGGCUUUAGAAACUCAACCUUGAAGAGAAAAUGUAAUUUAAUGACAGCAUACUCUUACAUUGAGAUUAACAGGCAAAAAGAAAACAUUGCUAUUAGAAAUGUUAAAGAAAAAUUAAAUAUAGUUAUAAGGGGCUAAGUUGACAUAAAAUUAUAGUUUCAAGAUCUAGGUAAAGGUUAGAGAAAGGAAACUUGUCAGCAAUCUUUUUAGAAAUAUGCAUUUUCUUGCAUUUAAUUUAAACCAAAAACACCAUUAAAAAGUAGUUUUCAUUGCCUCAACAGUUGUUUGUUUUGCUUUUUGAACCUUUACCUUCUCUCUUAGUAUCAGUUCUAAGACAGAAGAGUGUCAGGGACUAGACAAGCCAAAUUGAGUUGCCCAAGAUCACAUAUUUAAGAAGUGUCUGAGACUAGAUUUGAACCCAAGUCCUCCCAAUUUGAAGCCUGGCACUUUGUCCACUGUGCUACCUAGUUGCCUCUGCCUUUACAGUUCUUAAAGACUUACAGUUCCCAAAGGCCAAGAUGCUUGCCUUUUUAUAUUCAUUCUGUAGCUCUACUUGCCAUGUAUCAAUAACAUAAGGACUAAGAUGAUGAAAAAGCUGGCAUUUCUUUCUUGAAAAUUAUUAUCUUUAUAAUCUGUUCAUUCCCUUAAAGUAAAAAAACCUAUUGAAACAGUAGCAUUUAUUUUACUGAACAGUUGGGGGUGGGGCAGUUAAAACUAGCUAUAGAUGAAUACAUUAAACCUUUUUUUUUUCUGUCUUAUGGGAGGUGGGUGGGGUGGGGAAGAGUUGUAUGAUUCCAUAUAGUAAUAGUAAGUGGAUUAUCUCUUUGUUCUACCCUUUCUCUUUUUGAUUAAUCUUUUUAAGUCCAUUCUGUCUAAUUCAAGUAAACCUACACAUCAUACCAGCAUAAAUUAUCUCACAUGGCCUUUAAAAUGUGAAAGCAGAAGAGAGUAAUGGUUCAUCUCUUGAAUACAAUACAGCAUCUGACUUCUUCAGCUUCUUUGACUACAUAGGCUUUUCCAAAAAGGAAUUAUUGUGAACUUUUCAUCUCAUUACUUUAUUAUGCCACAAAAGUUUAACAAACACAGGACAUUGCUUUGAAAUCUGGGAAAGUUUAAACUUGCACUAAGACUCUUGGGAGAGACAGUUGAAUCUCUUCUGACUGCUUGGUCCACAAAUUGCCCCUCCCUGAUCCAGUAUAACAGAAACAUUUGCAGUAAGUCCUCUAACCUAAAAUUUAUUGGUAUUUCUCUUUAAACAGCUGCUUAUGCAAGCAAUCACUUCAAAGUAAAAUUAUUAUUCUUCUUAAAAAUAGAAAUCAGAUCUGUAAUAUUUGCUUGGAGGUCAGGAAAACAAUUUUUUGUUCAGGUCUUACAACAAAGCUAUUUUAAUCUUUAGGGUUUGUUAUGGGGUUCCUAGUUUGCUCAUUAGCAUUUAAAAUUUUGAAGAUAAUUUUUUCUGGUAGCUGUUGUAGAGCAAUCAUGAAUGCCAUUUUAUUUACAGAUGGCUAAAUCCCCUGAAUAGGAGAAACAUAAAUGGAAAAUUCAUGCAGCUUUUCAUUUCAACUGCCCAGAUGAAGGUAUUAAAAAACUUGCUAAUGCUUUAAGCAAUUCUUCUUAAUAUGUUAGAUAUAAAACUCUAAUAUCAGAUGCAAAUACCAUUACUCACAUUCUUUUAACAAAUUAAUCACAUUUGUUCUACUGCUUCUCCUGGUUUGGAAAAAGCAUAUGGGGCUAACAUCAGUAAUGAGAAAAUUAAUUUUUAUUGAAAGUUCAGUUUUGCCUCUUCAUCAUCCUAUGUCAGUUGAAUGAACUGUUAGGUUGCAUCAUUGCACAAAUAUGUUGUCUUUCCUAACACUUACCAAAGAAGAUGAAAAGAUGAAUUUGUCACCUUCUGAAACAGAGUGAACAGUCACUGAAAUGUCAUUAAAAUUGACAAAAAUGAAGAGUGUAACAUUUUCUUCUCACAUCUCCUAAACCACAAAGGCUUCCUUGGUCUUCCUGUAGUUCCCUUUAAAAAUAUUUUGCCAAAUUAUUGUAACCAAGGAAUAAUGUUCUAAAUUGACUAAAUAAACUAAUUCAAAUGGGGAAAACAUAUUUUACCAAGAGAAGCCAAAAAAAAUUUUAAUGACUUUCCUAAUAUCCACUUGUCUUUUUUAUAAAUACUUAAGUUCUUCAUGAAAUUUUAACUUUUUAUUAUUGUUUGAAACCAAAAUUUUAUCUUUAAGUAUUUUGUUAUUUCUUUAAACGAAAUAUUCUUUACUAGCAAAAGAAUUGAGUUCAAAGUCAAGAUUCCCAUUUGAGUCACUUAAAUAACUUUUUAACAGUUUGUUUAUUUAAAAUAGAUUUAAUGUGAUUGAUAAAAUAGUUUAGAUUUUAAGUUGAUAUAUCUGCACAAAGCGCUUUUUUAUUGUUCUCUCCAUCUUGGGGAGCUCUCAUUUCCUUUCCCAGAAAACAUGUGUCUCUCUUAUUUGCAUCCUACUUUUGUGUGUUUGAAAUGUUCAUUUACAUGGGCACACUGGAUCUAAUAAGUUGUUUUGUACCACCCUUAAUGACAGCUUAAGAGCAUAGGAUCAACUGCCAGACUAGAGCUUUUUCUCUGAGCCUUCAGAGAUCUAGGAUUUCCUUAGGGUAGGUGCACCCGCCAUUAAGGUAGAUGGCCAUUCUCUUGCUCUUUAGGAGUUCCUAUGGUCAGCCUAAUGUGGAACUAGCUUCCCUAAACUUAGCUAAGCUGAUCCUCGGAUAAAAGUUGCACAGGUGAAUUGAGCCAGGCCAACAGACAAGAGUUUCUGGGUUCAAAUCUGGCCUCAGACACUUCCUAGGUUUGUGGCCCUGGGCAAAUCACUUAACCCCUAUUGGCUAGACUUUCCCAUUCUUCUGCCUUGGAACCAAUAUACAGUAUUGAUUCUAAGAUGGAAGGAGGGAGGGACAGAGAGAAAAGGAGAGGGAAAGAGAAAAGAAAGAUGAACCCUGCAGAAAGCUUUUUGAAAUACAGUCUCUCAUAUCAUUAAAAGAUUUGGGCUCAUCUGCACACUAGAAGUUGAGUUUAGGUGACUUUCAACUUAAAAAGAUCUUGAGGUAAUGAAAUGUAGAGGAAGCAUUUUAUUAUUCUCUGUUGUUGAAUUGGAUUCUCUCCGGUUAACAUUGUCCCAGGGAACAUCUGACCUUGUCCAUAAAGCUAUCUAUAAACUGUGGACAAAACUGAUAAGUCAUUGUUCCAGCAAUUCAUAUUGAUAUCUAGGAUAUUGGUUAUAGGUAAGUAAAGGGUUGUGUGUGUAUAAACUUUUCUCUGGACUAAAAAACAUGUCAGUAGAGAUGAUAAUUCUGUUUUUGCUAGAUAAACUGAACCUUUGUAUGUUUUAUGCUCAUACAUUUGGACUGGUCCUUUUCCUCCAAAUACCCAUCUCACUUUAUAUUUUUGAUCCUGUUCAGCUUUUAUGGUUGUCAUAUUAUAGUGUUUUUCAAAUUGCUAUACGGAUUUUGUCAAGAUUAGUUGAUAGAAGUUUACCCAUUACUAAUACCACAGGGUAUCAGAAUUUAUUGGUAGUUCCUUUUUGAGCCAUUUAACUGUAAAAAUGUUACAAUAUUAUGCAGCCGUAUUAUUUCCCUAAACAAAGCUGCUAAUUGUCAUGAAUAAUAUUUUUGACAGAUUUAAGAACCUAAGACCUGGGGGUGGGGAAAGCAGCUAGGUCACUCAUUAGAUUGAGAGCCAGGCCAAGAGUUAGGAGGUCCUGAGUUCAAAUCUGGACUCAGAUACUUCCUAGCUGUAUGACCCUAGGCUUUCACUUAACCCCAGUUUCCUAGCUUUCACUAUUCUUCUACCUGGGAACCAGUACACAGUGUUGAUUCUAAAAUGGAAGGUAACGGUUUAAAAAUCAAAAAAUCUAGGACCUUGGAAGAUGAACGGUCAUUGCCUACUGAAAUUGAAGACUACUCUUCAAACUACUGUUAUCUCUUCCUUUUUUGUCUUGUUGGGUGUUCAUAUAUUUUGCUAGGAGAAAUCAUCUCCAUUGAGUCAUUCCUAAUGUGAAGAAUUAUCAUGGAGCAAAAGGAUAGGCAUUCUCGCCCACUGAACGGAAACAACUGAUGAUAUCUGCUCCUCAUCACUUUAUUAAGAACUUGCCCUUGAUGGCAUCAUGGAAUUUAAAACUCAAAUCAAAAGUGAUUAUGUUUCUUUCUGCAGGAAAGGUUAAUUUUUUUUAACUCAAAAUCACUUUAAAUUUACCCCUGGUGUGAAGUAUGAAUAUGGGAAAAAAACAUGUGCUAUACUAUCCAAUCUUGUUGUUAUGAACUUUACAAUUAAAAAACUGUUUUAGAAAAAAA